AUGUCGUCUGGUUUCCAUUCAGCAGUGUCUGGGCUGUUCCAGCUGCAGCCGCGGAAUUCUGCCGUGCUCCAAGGCUCCGACGCACGCUUUAAUGCCACUGUGCAAGGAAACUGGCAGUCCAUGAUAUGGCAUUUCCAAGGAAUUCCGGUUCUCAUCAUCUCUGAAAGCGGUGAUGUAACUUCUUUCAAAGUGCAGUUCUCUGCCAGAUUCUGCUCCAGUGGUGACACCAGCUGUGUGGAGUUCACCAUCCAUGACGUCAAUGAGUCUGGGCCAGUCAUGUGCGCCAUGCUGGGGGGGACGUCAGAGACAGCACAGCUGGAGGUACAAGUUCCCAAGCCUCCUGACUGGACCGUGCUGAUAGCUGUGGUCGUGUCCUUUGGAGGUUCUGCUCUGCUGGUUCUGCUCAUCAUUGGAAUCAUAUUCUGCUACAAACGCAGGAAAGAAAAACAAACCAACUACCUUGAUGAAAUGAGCAAAAGGGUGAGGACACAGAGCCAGCUAAGUGUUGUCAACGCAGCAGGAAAGGGGGCGUAUGACAACACAGGAUAUGUGUCGGAGGGUCAAACAAGUGUGGCUCCCAGUGAACACACUGACAGUGGCUUUUGCCAGGCAAUUGGCUCCAACGUUCAUGAGGUGCCUGUAUGUGGUAUCCAGGCAGCGAAUUGCAACAUUAACACCGUGGACCAAUCAGGCUUCAGGAAACACAGACAUGUUACCAUUGUGUAAAGACAGAGGACCAAGAAGUUAAGGAGUUUUUGGAAUGAACUUGCACAGCACCUGGAAGCCUUCUAAACGCUGGAGAAAGGUGGGAGGAAGGACUGAAUCUGCCCAGACCAAAGACUGAUGUACUGCAGUAACGUCCAGGGUUUGGCAGAGGAGACAUGGUUUUCCUUCACUGCCUGUAUAACGCUGUAUUUGCAGAACAUAAACUCUGGAAAUCAUAGGAAAUAUAUUAAAAAACCCAUUUAAAAACCCAAAAUCAUCCUCAGUGCAACAGAAAAUACUUGCUAUAUCAUCAAGUGAGCACAAUUAGGAUUUAAACAGGGAUGGAAGCUGUACCAGCACAACCUGUUCUGGUUGUCCUGUUAAUCAAAUGAUUAAGUGGCUAUUGCAGGUUAUACUAAGCCAUUUUGUUUUUUAUUAAUAUCAAAUUAAAUAUUCAAAAGGGACCAUUUUAAACCUCCUUUGUUCUCCCACAUCUGUGAAUGUCCUAAAAUGUAAUCCUCCUUAAAGACACUUUUUUAGGAUGUGAUAAAACAAAGAAUUAACCAAUAAAUCCAGCAAUAUACUGUACAUGCAAGUGUUUCAAAAAGUCACCAUGAAGAGCAUUUUUUUUAUAUGUAUAAAUUGUUAGCCCGUCAGCAAUGUUUUGUUUAUAAUUUAUUCUUUCUGCGCAGUAUGUCUGCGUACUAUACAUAAAAUAUAGGCCAUUAAACUUUUACUUUUACCAACACUUUAGCACAUUUUUGUCACCCAUAAACUGUCUGAAUGGAAAUAUAAUGUAUGGUAUUUCCUUGUCAUCAUUUUGCACUGGACACAGCAGCAUUCUCCAAAUAGUAUUUGUUCAAACCUAUGAACUUGUCACCUAAGGAGCAUGUAUUUUCUCUCUCCAGUCCCUCCAGAAAAACGCAAGUAUGCGAUCGCAUCAGUCAAUGCAUAAUCAGCCAAAGUCCACAUAUUCAUGUGGGGGCCAAAUUUUUUUCAAAUAUGCCGCACUUUGGCCGCAUAAAUGGCCGAUUUCUGUGCAAAAAUAUGCGUUGCUUGCAUGAUUUCAUAAUCCACGCAUUUUCGUUGCA